AUGGACGAAGGAUCGCCUUUGUUGCCAAGCCGAGGCACCAAAACCUUGGCACGAAGUUUCCCUUCCCAUAAGCGGAAAUCAAGAUCGUCACCUCUUGGUGAGGGGAGCCCUGUUCCAGAUGAUGUUCAAAGUACCAAUUUGAAAAGUUUGAUCGGAAUACCGAGCAGGUCAGCUGAGAGCCAGGUCAGACCCAGCCUAUGGGAUCGAUCGAAAUAUUAUUUCCCAUGCCUUGGAUGGAUUCCCCAUUAUACAAUGUCAAAGCUUAUGGGCGAUUUGGUUGCAGGAAUGACGCUUGCGUCUUUCCAAAUUCCGCUCGCGAUGUCAUUUUCCACUUCUAUCGCCCACACUCCACCGACAACGGGUCUCAAUUCACUCGUAGUGGCACCAAUUGUGUAUGCACUAUUUGGCACUGUGCCACAGAUGGUUGUGGGUCCGGAAAGUGCCAUUUCGCUCGUAGUCGGGCAAGCAAUCGAGCGUGCUCGAAAACAUCAUGAAAACUACAAUGCCACAGAUGCCUGUGUUGUGCUAAGUUUCAUCGGCGGUGUUUGUCUAUUUCUUUCUGGGGCGUUGAGGUUUGGAUUUCUAGACAACGUCUUGAGUAGAGCACUUUUGCGAGGAUUUAUCAGUGCCGUGAGCCUCGUCAUGAUUUUGAACUCCUUGGUUUCCGAACUCAAGCUUGAAAAGGUGCUUGCUGAUACUCCGGAACAUUAUCAUUCGCCAUUCCAGAAGAUACUUUUUCUUAUCGAAUACGCACCCAAAAACUAUCAUGUGCCAACAGCGGUCUUAAGUUUUGCUUGCAUUGGUGCUUUAUUCUUCCUUAAAUACACCAAGAGGGCAAUGAUGAGAAAGUUCAGAUGGGCCGUUUUCUUUCCCGAUAUUCUGCUCGUUGUUAUCGUUACGAUCUUCGUAUCUUCCACAAUGGACCUAAAACGCAAGUUUGGAAUAGAUGUCGUUGGAGAUUUUGACGCAGAUGGGAUAAGCGAGCUGAAGAACCCACUUUCAAAGGCAAGAAGAUCCAUGUACAGUGACCUAGUGUAUCCUGCAUUCAUGGCUGCGAUAUUAGGGUUUUUCGAGUCGACUAUUGCGUCCAAAUCACUCGCGAGUGCAUUCGAUUUCGACGUCUCCUCAAAUAGGGAAUUGAUUGCUUUGGGAAGCACCAAUAUGGUCUGCUCAUUAGUUGCAGGGUUGCCGUCUUUUGGUGGCUACGGGAGGUCGAAAGUUAAUGCUUAUUCUGGCGGGAAGACAGUGGUAUCGGGUGUGGCAAUGGGCUUCUUUACGUUGCUUACGAUGAGGUUUCUUCUAGAAUAUAUUAAGAAUAUCCCCAUGGGCUGUUUGUCAGCCAUUACAACUGUGAUCGGGUUUUCUUUGAUUGAAGAGUCUCCAGCAGAUAUUGUAUUCUACUGGAAAUGCAAAGGAUACCAAGAAUUAGGCAUCUUCGCUGUUACUCUCCUCACCACUUUUGCUUUCUCAGUAGAGGUCGGUAUCACCGUGGGUUGUUUGUUUUCACUUAUUCGCGUCAUCAAAUUAUCGGGCAGAUCAGGCAUUCAAAUUUUGGGCCGUGUUGCCGGUACUGAUCAAUUUGUGAAUGCUGACGAUUAUUUCAGGGAGAUGUUUAGAAACAGACCAGAUUUGCCUCCUCUAGAGCAAACCGAGGGCUGUCUUAUUGUUAAAAUCCCCGAGCCUUUGUUCUUCACGAAUGCGGAAGAUUUGAAAUCAAAGUUAAAUCGUCUUGAACUUCACGGUUCACUGAGAACACACCCUGCAAGCCCUCAAUUUCUCGGGAAAUCAAUGACGAGGCGUGUUGUGCUGGACAUGAACGGGAUGACUUCUAUCGAUGCGUCGGCCGCUCAAGUUUUGCAUGAGAUAGUGACGUCGUUUCAAAAGAGGUAUGUGCGGGUCUUUUUGGCGAGGGUGCCUAUCACACAAGGCGUGCGAGAGAUGUUGAUUAGUGCGGGCAUUGCAGAGAUUGCCCAGCGUAAUCAUGAUGCAAACACGGGAGUUGCCGAAAAUUCCUGGAGUUUUGAAAACAUUCAGGAUGCGUUACGAGCGGGGGAUUCUUAUGAAAACGUCGACCUGUAUAGCACAUGCGGCUCAUUGACGAGUAGUCUGGUCAAUACAGGUUUCACGUGA